ACGUGAUGACGUCCUCUUCAGAUUGCGUAUUAUGGGAUGUGCGGAAUUAAACAACCCGAAGAGGACAAGGGGAAGCCAAAAAUAAUAAAAAAUACAGAAAUAAACGAGGUGCAUGGUGAACCAUGGAGCUCUCGGCUGUUGGUGAGAGCGUCUUCGCAGCCGAGUCCAUCAUUAAACGGCGAAUCAGACGGGGUCGUUGGGAAUAUCUCGUCAAAUGGAAGGGCUGGUCUCAGAAGUACAGCACUUGGGAGCCGGAGGAAAACAUUCUGGAUGCACGUCUCUUCUCUGCCUUCGAAGAGAGGGAGCGAGAAAGGGAGAUGUUCGGGCCGAAAAAGAGGGGACCCAAACCUGAGACAUUUCUCUUAAAGGCCAAAGCCAAAGCCAAAGAAAAGACGUAUGAAUUUAGAAGAGAGGCUCCCAGAGGGAUCCAGGUUUCCUAUCCCAUCCCUGAGCCUGUCAUAACACCGAGGGCCCGGGAGGGUUUACGCACCGUGGUUCCCACAAUCUUCCCGCCCAGCGCGGUCAACAGAGGGGAAAGUGUCCAUAUUCGUCCGCCAGAGUCGGAGAGGAGGCCCAGACCCACUCCACCAGCUCCUCCGACGGUUCAAGAGUCCCAGCGGUUCCAAAAAAGAGGGCGCAAACCGAAACUGCACACGCAUUUUGAUAAAGAUGAUGGGAGCAGCUCGGCAGAGCCAGACGCCAAACGUAGCAAGCUAAUGAGGGAGCCCAUGUCUCACCACAGCCGACCCCCCCAUCAUCACGGGGAGACAUCAGAUCACUGCCUCAUGCAGCUGACCAAGAGGUUUCAGGAGGAGACCAGGAUAACACCCAAAUCCAACAGCGAGCAGAGACAUUUGGGAGGCGCGGGCCUGUCUUACUCUUGCGCACUCGCCUCGCGCAGCAGUGAUCAGGGGAGGCACAGGACUCACUGUUUGAGCAUGAUCCCCCGGCCCAGCAAGUUGAAGCAGCAUGCAGCGCACGAUCAGGUGAAGGAGUACUCUCUGCCCCGGGAACAAGCUGCUGUCACUUCUUCACAGAUCGAUUCCAUCCACGAGCAGCCAGCCUCAUCUUGGACCCCCUGUUUCACCAACCUGGACACUGUGACCGUGACUGAUGUCACCUUGAACUUCUUGACAGUCACCGUCAGAGAGAGCAGCACGGACAAAGGCUUCUUCAAAGAUAAAAGAUGAGUAUUUCAUAUAGAUCAGAGGAGGCUAAUAUAUGCCAAGGAGGUAAUUGUGUAACAAGCUACUAACAAAUAGGCCUACUGUAAUACUAUAUUUUUUCUAUGUAACUUUCAAACAUGUACAUACCAAUAUUUAAUACGCUGCUGAUAAAAAAUUAAAA